CUUUACUUUCAUUCCUCUUUCUCAAAACAACCAAGCUUGUGAAAAAAACUCCGUCUCUCCCCCACACAAAUAUACACACGAAACAUAGCAGAGCAGCUAUGGCUGCUGUCACAAAGAGUGCAUGCAAUCCUAAUGAAGAGGAGAUUGAGCUAAGACGAGGGCCAUGGACUCUUGAAGAAGACACACUGCUUAUACAUUACAUUGCUAGUCACGGGGAAGGCCAUUGGAACUCGUUAGCAAAAUGUGCAGGAUUGAAGAGGACUGGAAAAAGCUGCAGAUUGAGAUGGCUAAACUAUUUAAAACCUGACAUUAAGCGUGGCAACCUCACUCCACAAGAACAACUUAUGAUCCUUGAACUCCAUUCCAAGUGGGGUAACAGGUGGUCUAAAAUUGCACAGCAUUUGCCAGGAAGAACAGACAAUGAGAUAAAGAACUAUUGGAGAACAAGGGUCCAAAAACAAGCACGUCAGCUCAAUAUCGAGUCCAACAGCAAGAGGUUCCUUGACGCGGUUCGAUGUUUCUGGAUGCCAACGUUGCUUCAAAAGAUGGAGCAAUCUUCUUCUUCUUACUUGCCAACAACCUUGAGUUCUCAGAACUCUGCAUCUCCUUCUCUGUCACCUAAUUGCUCUGCUCCUUCUAUUUCACUCCCAACUUCUCCACCAAGCAAGGUUUCACAAAUAUUUGAGCAUCCCAUUAAUGGAAAUUCCAGUUCUGUCACAAGCCCAAGUAUCUUUUCCUCAGAUUCUUUGAUUUCCCAGCUGCCUCAAACUUCAGAACGCCUAACAAGUCCAACUCAUGCUUUUGACCACACCGUCUACAGCAGCAGCCCAGCUUUAAAUGACUGUUACUAUGUGGACACCAGCAGUGGCUAUGCCUAUGACAUGGAGGGUCCCAACCUGGACCCUGCUUCAGCAAUUUGCGAUUUUGAUAAUCAACAGUUUGAUUGCCAGAUGACAGCAGGUGAUUGGAUGUUGGACAACAUGACUGACACUUUAUGGAACAUGGAGGAGAUGUGACAAUUUAGAAAGUUAGGAAAGAUGAGUUGGGGGCAUCAUCAAGCUGGAUGGUCUUUGAAAUUGAGAGAAUAGUAGAAUAAGUAGAGAUUGUUGUUGGGAUUCAUAUUGCAUUUGUCGACGACAGGGACUUAUUGUUUUUGUUAAUAACUUAAGUAUUCAUAGACAAAGCAAAGCAGGGACUUAUUGCUUAUUGCUUUUGGUACACCGGAUUAGACUCCGGUCCAAAUAUGAGUAAAUGGUACAUGUUGUUUGUUUGGUAUCAACUUGUAUUAUUUAAUUACUUGACUAUGUUAAAUGAAUUGGGCUUUUAAUACU